GAGCCCAUCAUUUUCUCAGGUCACAGACUGAGUAAAGAAGACGACUCCAUCUGGUUCAGAUCUGCUGAACUGGAGGAUAAUGGAUUCUACACGUGUGUUCUGAGGAACUCAACAUACUGCAUGAAAGUGUCCAUGUCAAUGACGGUGGAGGAGAGCGAUGAGGGGAAGUGCUACAGCAGCAAAAUCCGCCAUCUGGAGAAAGCUGAGAUAACCCACAGCAAAAUGAUCCACUGCCCUGACAUCGAGGACUACCUGGCUCCUUACAAACAGCCACAGAUGACCUGGUACAAGGAGUGUGAGCGAGUGGAGUGGAGAAGCUCCCUGUUCAUCAACACCACACAUAUCUGGAUUCCUGAGAUAGAGGAGGGAGAUGGGGGAAACUACACCUGUGAGUUGCAGUAUGGAUCCAGAGUGGUGCGACGAACAACUCAACUCAAAGUGACAGCUUUGCAGACCACUCAGCCUCCCAAGGUCCUUUUUCCUCCAGAGAGACAAGACACAGUGAUAGAGAUCACACCUGGUAUGCCUCUAAGUCUGGACUGCAAGGCUUUUUUUGGCUACAGUGGAGAAAACCGCAGGCCCAUCAUCUACUGGAUGAAAGGAGAGAAGUUUGUAGAAGAACUGGCUGGACACAUUAAAGAGAGCGAAGUCAGGAUCCUGAGGGAACAUUUAGGGGAGAUGGAGGUGGAGCUGUCUCUGACGUUUGAUGCUGUGGACGAAGCAGAUCUGGCCAACUACACCUGUUAUGUAGAAAACCACAUAGGGAGGCGCAGUGGGAGUGCUAURCUGCAGAAAAAAG